AUGCUGCUCGCUGCAAUGUUGACAGCGCGUCGCAACUCGACCGAGAUCUGUGACAACCUUCCCGCCAGGAACAGCGCCGACGUUGGCAUCACUCGGGAUGCCGUGAGAUCCCCACAUCUUGGUCAACACGACCUUGGCCUCGCAACCCCGUUGGGGCUGCCUAAGCCUAUUUUAGAUCGGAUCAAGCAAUGCGUCGAUCGGGUCUACCGAUCGAUCCUCAAGGCUGAGCUCGUCGUGCGAGAGCUGCGAGCCUAA